UCAAGGUCCCUCCUCCUCACCUACCCAUCUAAUCUGACCAAAUCGUGACCCCCUUUGUGAAAGAAUGGCUUCGCUGACAGUGUUAUCAUCGUCGUCACCUUGGCUUUCGUGCGGAGGAGGUAGACAUGCUUGCAUUCCUUCAGCUUCCCUCACAUUCCUUGCGGGUUCAACAAGGAGAAGCUCAGUGUCGUUGAAUGUUGGGAGCAACCCCAUCCCUCAUUCCGGGCUACUUCAUUGCUCCUUCAUUCCCUCCUCUUCCUCUUCCUCUUCUUUUUCGUCCUCUUUCUCUUUCCCUUCUUCCUUUUCAGGUUUAUCUUUGGGUUUGAAUUUGAGUUAUGGUAAUGGGGUCGGAAGAGAAAAAGCCCGCAGCUUAGUUGUGAGGGCUAGGAAGUUCGCUCUUUGUCAAACAAAGAGAAACAGGUCGCGAAAGUCUCUGGCUCGAACUCAAGGCUUCCGCAGACGGAUGAGAACCACCAGUGGCAGAGCAAUAUUGAAGCGCCGACGUGCGAAGGGACAGAAGGUCCUCUGCACAAAGACCAACCCCAACAGCGGGAAGCGUGCUUAAUUGUCACUCUGCAUGAUUCAGUCUCAGCGGGUAAGUGCAAUGAUAUGCAAUGUUGUCCAGUAGUUCACAGAGGUGGACUUGGUUGAUUUUCCAU